CUUUUUUUUAAUAAAUUGUCACAAGGAACACAACGAUAUGCAAUUUAUAGGGAUGUGGGGGGGGGUGCACGGUAAGGGGGUCUGGCCCACAGACUAUAUACUAUUUCUACAAAGGCAUGAAGAACAUUAGAACUGGCUUCAGAGACCAUGCAAACUACACUUCAGAUGAGAAGAGAAAUGUCAUUGCAGAUUGGGCUGGCUUGGAUAUAUCGACGACUACGUUGAGAUUGCCUAGGCAAAUGCUGUACGGUCAUUCUGGUUGGUGGCUCACGAAGGAAGGUAAGCCUCGUAACGAUGGCUGGACGACGUGGAAGAGGACCUCCACCAGCUCAACAUCAGGCGAUGGCGAACUAAAGCGAAGGAUAAAGAGGAAAGGAGCAGGAUUGGGAGGAGGCGUUGGUUCUUAAUGGAUCCUAACAACAUGCAAUAAUGUUGAC